AGGAACAAACAAACCUGCAUGAGGUUUGCCCAACGACAAAUUCUUGGUGACCAGUAAUGACAGAGACACAAGGCAAGAGCUUUAUCGUAUAAAAUUUUCUAGAAGAUUGUAAGUGAAAACUCCGAUUGGCCGACAACGUUGACGUCCUUCAAACCCAAAUGUAUAAGAAUUAAAUAUAAUAUAAUUACAUGUCAUUUUCGAUCGACUCCACUUUCCAAUGGGUACAAAACCAUCUAAAUCCAAGUAUCACUUGAAGUCGACUGAAAAUUCUAAAGUUACUCCUAGAGAGAACAGGGUUGACAGCCUUAAAUAUUCCUCCACCAGUCUGCCGUUGUCGCCGACUUCAGACUACAAUAGGAAUGGUUCCGCAAUUUCUAGAAAAUCCUUGGACUUCGAAUUCGAUGACACUGACGUUGGCAUAGUAAUACCCCGAAAGCUUUCAAGUACCGGACUUAUAGACGUUCCGGCAGAUAAAUAUUAUCAGACUCGCUCUGUCUCUUUGCCAACCGAACAAAAAUCAGGGCCUGGCACUGUUGAUGUAAAUUCACCCUUCGAUGCUCUAGGGAGUCCAGAGUCGCCAGAACGAACUACGUCUGUGGGAAGUAAUGCAUCAAAAAAAAUUGUUCUUCCUGUACUUUCCAGUCGUGACAUCAAUAGAUUCAAGAACAAAAAAGCGGUCGAUGAAGUGGUUCCCUAUUUUUUGCGUAAAAUACUCGAAUGGGGGUGCCCCGAUAAAUUACCAGAAGAGACUUAUCUCCAAUACGUAGAAAGACGGAAAUUAAGCAUACGUUCAUUCCCGAACUGGCAACUGAAAACACUGAGUGUGGAGAAAACUCCUGAGGACUUCGAUGUAUGUGUAUUGUAUUCGUUAAUCAAAGUGGCUUGUCAUCAUCUCGCUCCUCCUAAAGAUUUAGUGUGGAAGGAAGAAAGAGAAGAUAAACUAGAAUGUCAGUUGACGGCGUUAAAAGAAAUCCGAAACGAAGUAUCACAUAAUUUAAAAACUGGUGCAACGUGUCCAACACUAACUGAUCAAAUUGAAACUCUUAUUGAGAAAGCCAUCAUAUUGGCUGGCCAAGUUUAUUCGUUAUCCGAAGAUCAGAUCGAGAAUGAAAAAUCAACUUUAGUUGCAAAAAUGAAAACUGUGAGGGAAACUCUAAUGACUAGUAAGGAAAAGAACUUAAUCCUUCUGAAAAAUCAACUUCAGGCAGAAUGCAGACGUUCUAUUGAUAAACUUUGCGGAAUGUUCUGCACCAAUGAGAACUUGUACCUCUGCGAUUAUCAAGUACCUUUACGAAGUGUAUUCUUUCCUGUUCAACUAUCAGUCAAAGGACCAGAAUUCACGGUCCACCCGAAAAUUGUCGACCCAUGGAAAUUGCUGGAAAAAGAACCCGACAUCGAUCCCUUGAACAAGAUAAUAGUCCUGGAAGGAGAGGCUGGCACCGGAAAAACGACUCUCCUCAAAAUGCUCAUUCACGACUUCUUGAAUGAAUCCUCACAGAAGUUCGAUAUGCUGAAUGAGUUUGAUUGCGUGUACUACCACAGUAGCAGGGAAAAUUAUAUUUACACCCACUAUGAAUUCAUUCGAUCAGCGUAUCCUGAUCUUUGUUCUCAGUUCAGAGUAGAAGACGUGUUCAAUGCCAUUCUCUCUAGCAACAACUUAUUCAUAUUCGAUGGACUCGACGAACUGAGUGACAAAUGCAUACAUAUUGUACAAGAUCUGCUGCUGAGAACCGCUAAGGAGAAUAGCACUUUCUUAUUUGCGAUGCGCCCCUCCUUCACUCAACACGUCUACCGAAGAGCGAACAUCCUUGGUUUCAGCUACAGAACCUUCUCGAUGGAAAGAAUUCAGCAUGAAGAGGAGCAGGUGCAAUUUCUAACAUUGUACGAAAAUGCACUUAGUGAAAAGAAUCCGAAAAUGAAGGGAUUGACAAAUGCAUUCAAAAAAACAGACCGGAGCUUGAGAACUUUUUUCAAUCGUCCCACAAAUUUGGUUCUUUUCUGCAGCCUCUUCGAUCAGUCAACUACUGAAUCAAUCUGCAAAUGGUCUCAAGAAUAUGACGUCUACAACGAAGUUCUCAAACUUUACAAAGAAAUGUUGGAUGUUCGCUUCUGUGGGAAAAGAAUUGCAAACUUGGAUGUUCUAAUUGACGCCUUGAUAAACGAAACUUGCAUUUUGUCACUCAAAUGCGUUCAUAAGAAUACCUUGUUUCUAACUGCAGAAGACUGCUUGAACUUUAAGAGAUCUUUUUCUGAAAAAUUUCCAGGAAACCCACUCCCAAUCGAAGACGUACUGUCGACAAUCUUCUUGUACAACGGAUCCUACAUUUCGGGACCAAAAGCGUUCCACAAUUACACGUAUCAGUUUCCGGAAAGAAACCUGCAAGAAUUCAUGGCAUCGAGAGCCUUACUUCGUCUGCUUGAAACCAACAAAUCUGUGAGGAAUAUUCUAGAGGAAACUAGCGGAGAGCCGGUGCAGGGUUCAGACAUCCACAAGUUUGGGAACGUGUUUGCCUACGCAAUCGUUGAUCUUGUUAACCAGAGGAAAGAAAACAUCUUGAAGAAAAAAAUCAGGGAUUUAGCUCUUGUUUUGGAGGAAGCGGGACAAGAUGAGUUGGAGUUCUGGAGUAAAGUCUUAUCUAAGUGUAACUACCAUAAAAAUAUCGUAGUUCAAGCCUCAAAAGUUGUUGAAAUUGGUGAAUGGAGAAUCACCAAACGAACUCUGGAGGCUGCUAUUCACAUGCUCCCCAUUAAACACCCGCGACAAAUCAACGUUCAAUUUCGUGAGGGAGAAAGAACUCCAAAAUUGCUGAAGAAGUUUUUAGCUACGAUUCGGGACUCUAAGUACAGCGGGGGCUUGACGCUGGAUCUCUGGAGGUCCUACAGCACCAUGACGCCCAUCGAUGACCUCCUCGAGAACUUGCGCGGAAGCCAAUGCUACAUAAGGCGGUUGAUCGGAUGCGUGUCGCUGAGCGGAGGUGCCUGCAUUGCCCCUCUGCUCACAAGACGAUGCACCCUCGUGGUGGCCCUGGUGCCCCCUCUCCUGCAUGAUCUUCACCUCCUACCUGCUCACAAACUCGCCAUUCUUGAGGUCUCCAUCAAGUGGCCAGGCAGUGAUUCAGAACCUGACGCGCCUCCCCACCCGCUGCCAGACGUAGAGCUCGGCCUUGGAGUUAGAGACUUACCCGCUGGGGCAGCACCGUGGCUACUCAACACUUUGGUGGCUCUCGCUCCUCCCACUUGCGGACUGGACGAAAUUUUUCUACUCCGCUGCGGCCUGUCCGACCAGGAGCUUCAGUUCCUAAGCGACGAGUUCCCCCACGAAAACAGAGCGAACGUCUGCUGUCAGCAGGGCAUCCGCGUACCCUGCAGAUGGACGGUAGAGACGCUGCACCAAGAUGACACUCGCGAUAUACACCUGAGGCUGGGACUCUGAUGAAGCAACAUUCAAAUCGUGAUGUUCAGUGAUGUCGUGCAACAUUCGAAUCGUGUGGAUUUUUCGAUGAAACCGCAAAGUGUGCUUAUUUUCAUUAAUGUUCCCAUGGUUCAGUUUUAUUUUAAGUUUGGAAAGUCUUGUAAGGUCUUGCAGAUGGUUUCUAUGGAGGCACUAAAUAAUUUGAGUGUACAGAUUAUUAUCAUUAAUUGUU